AGAGGCAGAGAGAGGCAGAGACACAGGCAGAGGGAGAAGCAGGCUCCAUGCAGCGAGCCCGACGUGGGACUCGAUCCAAGGUCUCCAGGAUCACGCCCUGGGCCGAAGGCAGGUGCUAAACCACUGAGCUACCUGGGCUACCCCACUUUUUUGAUUUAAAGCAAAUCAGCUUUAUACUAUCUUGGGGUGGCUCACUACUUCAAAGAAUCUUAAAGUUUGGUUAUUUUGUAAAACAAAGAACAGUCCUCUAAUUUAUCUGUUCUGUUCUGACUUCCAUAUGUCAGUCGUGAUGAAAGAGGCAAACGCCUCUUCCUGGUGCUUGUAUGUCCUCUCAGACAGAAAGGAUGGAAAAGGUAUCUUAGACCAGAGUUCAAGGCCAACAGACAAGGGCGCCGAUGCCUUUGUGCCAUGGUGGAGGCCCCAGGGCAGGGUCCGAGGGCUAUUCCCACUUCCCUAUGGUGUUACGAUAAGUUCCUUAUGAUCUAUCACUUCCUUCAUUCCAAGGGGAGUAAACCCCUGCAGAUGCCAAUUUGCGGCACCCUCUAAGGCAGGUGUGUUUUAGCUGGUGCAGACAGAAGCACUGCCUCUCAAGGAGGUGGGCAGUCAGGUGGUUACUGUCAGCUCAGGAGCUGUAUCGUCCACUCCCUGAGUUCCUUGGCAACCCCGGAUGGGCGUUGGUGGGGUCACGGGCCCUGCCCCAGACCAGGCGGCGACUGGGGCACCCACAGGCCAACCAAGUGCCCUCCCCACAACUUCCAGAAAACCCAUUCUGGAACACCAAGUUCUGUGCAAGGUUGUGCUAAGCCCAGGUGGGGCAAGCUGCCAAUGCAAACCUCUCAGGCUGUCCCCUUGUGCACUCACCUCUCCAGGGUGCCCUGGAAGUAUUUAUCUGGCCACUCUCACCCCCUCCUUCACUUUCUAAGUGGGAGCUGCACAAGAUCUCCCCUGGGCUUCUCCUGCUACUUGAACUCAGCUAAAGGGACAGAGCUGCCAGUGUGGGAGCUGCUUCCCAGACAAAGAGCUCCUGCCGAAAGUGCCACCCUCAGCUCCAGGGAACAUCAUGACUGAAGUGGGCUGGUGGAAGCUGACCUUCCUCCGGAAAAAGAAAUCCACUCCCAAGGUGCUGUACGAGAUCCCUGAUACCUAUGCUCAAACAGAGGGCAACACGGAGUCCCCUCGGCCCGAGGGCGGGAACCCCCACAGCGAUUUUAACACCCGCCUGGAGAAGAUCGUGGACAAGAACACAAAGGGCAAGCACGUCAAAGUCUCCAAUUCGGGUCGCUUCAAGGAGAAGAAGAAAGUCCGAGCCACACUGGCAGAGAACCCCAACCUCUUUGCUGAUAAGGAGGGCAAAGGACAGUGAAGGGGGCCAAGUAGGAUGCUCUUGCCUCCCUACUCCUGCCAUCAGCUGGAUCUGAGACAGGGGCCUGCCACGCUGGCCUCCUUGGCCACAGCUGACACCAGGGGUGGGGGGAUGGGGGGGUGGCGUUGACGCCUGCUGGCAGGAAACGUGUGGGUUUAGCUUUUUAUUUAUGUGCCCCAGCUUUCUGGAAGGUCUGGGUUAUUCCCGGGUCCCCCCACGUUCCCCAACACAUACAGAGGCUGCAAAGUCCCACAGGAAGGACAGUGCUCCUGGAAGCAAGUGGCAGCCCAGCAGGGAAGUGGGCACGGCAAGGGAUAGAGGGAGCAGACUUCACCUCCUCCAGGGGCACAGGCUCAAGGGUGAGUUUCAAUUGCUGCUCCUUCUACUUGCUCUCCCUGGAACUGUUCCCUGGACCGAUUCUGAGAGUGAAUUUUCCAGAAGCCACCUGAUGGGGUGGUUUUCUGGAGCUGGAGGAGUCAGAGACCCCAAACCUGAGCUCACCUCCUGCCAAAGAGGGAACCGUUCUGGAACUUUGCAGGGGAGAGGAGACCCGCUGGCACUCUGACACUCUCUGGGGGGGUGGGGUACUGCAGAAGGACCAGGCGAGGGACCCCACAGGUCCCUGCACACAACCUCAAAGGGACACUGCACUGGCUCAUGGGCCCAAAUUCUUCUCCCCUCCUCCUGGUAUUUAAGAAGAACAAGCCCCAGGGAUGAGUCCUGGAGCCUUGAAUUUUGCUUAAAAAAAAAAAAAAAUGUAGGUUUCUCUCUUUGUAAUAAACAGUGCUGCAAAAGCAGAGAACCUAUUUAUGCUUUCGUCUUCUAUGUACUGAAGACUGUUUCUUCUGUCUUUACUCUCUGCAUGGGAAUAAAGUGGA